AUGGCGGCUGCUUCGGCAUACCCAUCGUACCCUGUUAAAGGGUUGAGACCAUCAUCACUGCGUAAACCAUCAUUUUCGAGUAGUAGCAACAACAGCAUCAACGCUUGUCCACCACCACCGCCAACCCCGCAUUGUGUUUAUAACAUAAGUAACACAAAUCGCACGUUUGACACAACAACAACAAUAACAGGAACAGGAACAACAACAAUAACAUCGACAGCUACUGCAGCAAUUUCUCCAGAAACGGUCAACAAACUUAAUAACAGUAGUAAUUACAACGUCAGCAGUAAUUACAACAACAACAACAGCAAUAGUAAAGCACAGCAAUUUGAUACACUAACAACAUUAACAACAACAACAUCAACUACAACAACAACUGCAACAAGUAAUAAAACUCAGAAAUUUGUAACAACAACCAACUCCCAUAACAAUCAAUUGCAAGUAAAUUACUUUCAAUUUCCGCCCUUAGCGUUGCUUGCAACAUCUUCAACACCUUCAUUACCGACAACAAUAACGGGCGUACCAUUGUUCGCCUCUACCACUGCUGCUGCUGCUGCUGCUGCUGAUACAAAUAUACAAGGUACCGCAUCGGCCAGCAACUCACCGAAGAGUAUUUAUCAAACACACUAUACGCACCAUUACCAUUAUCAACAACAACACAACUACACUCACUGA